AUGGCGAUUGCCAUGCGCUGGCAUAAGCCUGACAAUGUCGCUGGCUCGUCAGCUCCAGCCAUCAUGGUUGGCCUCUUCGUCGCUUCCGGUGGACUGCUGUUUGGCUAUGAUACUGGCGCCAUCAACGGCAUUCUCGCCAUGGACCAGUUCAAAAAUCAAUUCGCUACAAAUUGUAGCGACCCCGGCGCCAACACGAAUCUCUGCCCAAAAGAUGCUUCAAUAAUCGUCUCCAUUCUGAGUGUUGGAACUACUGUCGGUGCCCUCAUCGCUGCUCCAUUUGGGGACUUGCUGGGUCGCCGCAAAUCACUCGUUCUCGCCAUUUGCCUCUUCUGCAUUGGUGCCAUCUGCCAAGUCUGUGCUCAAGCCAUUCCUCUUCUUCUAGUUGGACGACUCAUCGCUGGUAUCAGCGUCGGCGCCGUCUCUGUCCUAGUUCCCAUGUACCAGUCCGAGAUGGCCCCAAAAUGGAUCCGUGGUACGCUCGUUUGCGCCUAUCAGCUCUCUAUCACCGUUGGUCUCUUAGCCGCUUCAAUCAUCAACAUCUUAACUUCACGGCUCCCAAGUUCAGCAUCAUAUCGCAUCCCUCUCAGCUUGCAGAUUGUCCCUGCGCUCAUUAUCACCAUUGGCCUCUUCGUCCUUCCAGAGACUCCGCGAUUUCUUGUCAAAAAGGGACGUAAUGAAGAGGCCGGUAUUUCACUAAGUCGCUUGCGUCGGCUCGACAUCACCCACCCUGCUCUCAUUGAUGAGCUACAUGAAAUCAUCGCCAACCACCAAUACGAGCUCACACUGGGCGACGACUCGUACAAGGAAUUAUUUGUCGGCACGCCGCAUCUUGCACGCCGCACCUUCACCGGCUGUGUAUUGCAGAUGCUCCAGCAACUUACCGGCAUCAAUUUUAUCAUGUACUAUAGCACAACCUUCUUUGGCGGUGCGGGAGUCGGCAGCCCUUAUACCAAAUCUCUCAUCAUCCAAAUCAUCAACGUCGUCUCCACCAUUCCUGGCAUCCUCGUCAUUGAGUCGUGGGGUCGACGAAGGCUACUGAUGGCUGGAGCUACCGGCAUGGCUGCUUGCCAGCUUUUUAUUGCAUCCUUUACCACAGCAGCUGGCCAGGAGCUCAAAUCUGCGCAGCAAACCAUUCUGAUCGUGUUUUGCUCUCUCAAUAUUUUCUUCUUUGCCUCAUCUUGGGGACCGACGGCUUGGGUCGUCACCUCCGAAAUCUACCCCCUGAAAGUACGAGCAAAGGCCAUGUCCAUCUCCACUGCUUCAAACUGGCUGCUCAACUUCGGUAUUGCCUACAGCACCCCGUUCAUGGUGGACGUUGGUCCUGGCAAUGCCGGCUUCGGUCCUAAAAUUUUCUUCGUUUGGGGUUCCUUUUGUAUUUUUGCUGUCUUCUUCGUGUGGUUCAUGGUGUAUGAGACAAGCAAGAUCAGUCUCGAACAGAUUGAUGAAAUGUACGAGCGAGUCAACUGUGCCUGGAACAGCAGGAACUUUGAGCCAAGUUGGAGCUUCCAGCAGAUGGUAGAUCAAGGCUGGUCUCCUAGUGGCGUUCCUCCUCCAGGGCAUGAGCUUCAUGCAACCACGUCGCACAUGAGCGCCGAGACGACACUCAACGACUCGAGUUCCUCAACCACGGCACGCGACGCAAACCACCCUGCGGCAGCGGGAGACAAAGCCGUGGUGCCAACCAUGGCCAACGUUGAUUUCAGCUAUUAA